CUAUUUGUGCUUUUAGAGCUUCUAGAUUUCAUCCAACAUGGAAUCAGAAUAUAUAAUAGAGGGCAAUGCAAGGAUUACUGCAAAAAAUAUACCAAAUUCUAUUGCGUCAAGAUGCAUUUGUUAUAGACCGCAUUCUAACAUUAUAUGCCAUGGCUGUGGAUUUUGGACAAGAGGAAGAGUAAGAUACUGCUGUCCUCAACAUCCAAAGAUUGUUUUCCUCUACGAUUAUGCUCAAUGUCCACGCUGUAAAAGCUAUGAUUUCAUGCUGACAGAGAUCUGAAGCUUAUAAUAUAAUCUUACUACUAAUAUUAUAAUAUUUAGUAUUUUAUAUUAUUAAUAUUUAAAAAAACUAAUAUUUCGACAAUAAAACACAUUACUAGUAUUCUUAAUAUAUUUUGAUAGAUUCAAAUAAGAGCAAUUAUAUUGUGUUAAGAAAUCGAUUUUGGCUUGUUCAUAAAAAACUUAAUUUUCUUUUCAACUUUAAUAUAAUAUCUUUGAAGGUAAAUGGAGGGUACAAUUUAAAUAAGAAAUGAGACUUAUUAUUUUUAAACAUAUAUGUAUAUAAUAUAUAUAUUAACAUAUAUAUGUAGUACUUUAUCCAAUACAAACGAAAAAAAAUAAACGACAUACAAUUGUGUAUCAAGAGGCAUCUUUGCUUUUUUUCAAAUUGUUCUUAUGUGUUUGUUAGUUACAUUACUUUACGCUGAUCAGUCUUAAGCUUUUUUUUUAAUACAGAAGCCUGAGAGGAGCCACGCUGCCGUUUUUCGUAAGGGAUUCUAGUGCACGCAAGAUACUAGUUUCUCAACAUAAGAUGAAUUAUCAUGAAUUAUAGAACCAUUGUUAUGUAUCCCUCGGGCUCAUACUGUGAGUUUACGGGUUUAGCAAACCCGAGAUAUCAAAGUUAUCCAAUAUCUAGAGAUAUAGUCAUAAUUUUGUUUCGUAUCUUUAUUUCUAUUUUAUUUUAUUACUUUCAUCUUUAAUAUUCUAUUCUAUUAAGGUUUCAGCAAAAGUAUAAACUGUAAGAUAAAAGGAAAUAGUACAUUAGGUCGUGUAUUGGAUGAAAGUAGAAAAUUUUGUAGAAAUUUCUAUCCAUUCUCGGAUCGACUUUUGCGAUAAAAAAUACAUCUCUUCUUUGCAAUCGAAUUAAGCACCGAAGCUGCAUUCAUCUUUACUCGUUCUAUUCCUCCCUUCGUCGACAUUCCAAAUAUAUUGAAACUUGUAAAUAGAAAUAAUGGUAUAAAUUAAACGUGAAAGU